GUGAGAGAACGUGCAAGGGAUUUUUUUGAAUUUCUGUGUCAGCUGGCCGUUGAAUUGGAACAGAAAGAGCAAGACGUGCGUGAUGCAGCAAGCGGAAGCUCGGGCACAUCUGAAGAACAGUUAGUUUUCCCUUGGACAAACCACUGCAGUGAAGACAAUAACGGUGGAGCUUCUCAAAGAUUAGAUGCCAAUAUAUUAGUUGUGAGUCAUGGAGCCUACAUGAGGAACUGGAUUGGUUAUUUUGUUUCAGAUCUCAACUGUACUUUGCCAGCGAAUUUAACAAAGUCUCAGCUGUCCUCUGUCAGUCCCAAUACAGGAGUUAGUCACUUCAUCAUAAAGCUGGGAAACGGAAAUCUGUUAAAACCUGAAGUCACAUGUGUUUGUCUUAAUCAAGAUUCUCACUUAGUGGACGUGGGAGCUGAAUGUGUAGUUCAAAAAGUGUUUUAA